AAUACUAAUAAGUUAUAGUAGAAUAGAGAGUGAUGGCAUCAUUAGCUAUAUCUCCAUUGUUAAUGAUUAUUAUGGCUAUGGCCAUUUCAAUCCUAAAACUCAGGGCAGCACCAGAUGAAGGAUACGACAUCGGAGUUAACUACGGGAUGCUUGGCGACAAUCUCCCCCCGGCACACGAAGUCGUCCAACUUUUCAAACAAUAUGGGAUCACCAAAAUGAGGUUGUUCGACCCGAAUCACGAUGCCCUUGAAGCCUUACGAGGAAGUAAACUUCUGCUUUCUCUAGGAGUUCGCAACGAAGACAUCCCGAGCAUUGGAUCAAGUCCGGAUGCCGCAUAUCAAUGGUACGCGGCCCACAUUCAACCCUACCAAAAUGAUAUCCUCUGGGCCUACAUUACCGUUGGCAACAAAAUCAAUCUCUUCAGCCAAGAUCCAAUUUCCACAAACCUCGUACCCGCCAUGAAGAAUCUCCGUACCGUCCUAAACAACAACGGCCUUCCGAAUCUGUUCGUCACGACGGUCCUCGCUGCCGAGGUGCUGGGUGUUUCCAACCCGCCGUCCGCUGGGGACUUUGCGCCGGCGGUGAAGCCCAUAAUGCUCGACAUCCUCACCUUCUUGUCUACCACGAACGCACCGCUUAUGGUGAACCUCUAUCCCUACCUCGCCUACGCGGGUGACCCGGUGCACAUUAGUCUCGACUACGCGCUCUUCAAUGCGAGUGAGCCUCCGGUGGUAGACGGGGCGCUGAAGUAUUACAACCUAUUGGAUGCCAUGACGGAUGCGUUUACGUAUGCUAUUGAGAGACAAGGGAUAAUGAACGUGGGUUUAACUGUGGCAGAGAGUGGGUGGCCGUCGGCCGGUAACGGACAAAUCACGACGCCGGAAUUGGCUCAGAUGUAUAACCGGAAUUUCGUUAAUCACAUAUUGAGUCGGCUUGGUACGCCUAAGAGGCCUGGAGCUUAUGUGGAUGCCUUCAUUUUUGCAAUUUUCAAUGAGAAUCAGAAGCCUCCUGGUGUUGAGCAGAAUUGGGGGCUUUAUUAUCCGAAUAUGAAUCGGGUUUAUCCACUCUUUUAAUUUCUCACAAAUUUGUUGUAUUUUUUUUGGCUACGAUGAUUGAUUACAUGCAUUAGUACAAUAAGAUAUUGUUGGUGGUCAAUCCUAACCUAUUUGGGCCGGCCCAACUUGCUGACAGACUUGGGCUCCCCUUACAAGCCCGAGUCACUUAUUUAAUUCCUUUGAGCCCAAACGGGUCACAAGGAAUUAGUGCAUGUGUAUUUACUUUCUUGCCC